ACAUGUGCAGCUUUUAAGAAUUUGUUGGAGGAAGAAUGCCGGGGUUAACCUGCAAUGCUUGUAACAAGGAAUUCAACCACGAUGCCGAGCAAAAGCUUCAUUACAAGUCCGAUUGGCACCGCUACAAUCUCAAGCGAAAGGUAGGUGGGGUUCCUGGAGUCACUGAAGCUCUGUUUCUUGCUAGACAAUCUGCACUUACUCAGGAGAAAAAUAAGCAAAAUGAAACUGCUAUGCUUUAUAGUUGUGGUCUUUGUGGGAAGGAGUAUCGGAGUUCCCAGGCUUAUGAUCAACAUCUCAAAUCACGGGGCCAUCAUAUCAUGAGGGGUUCUCAAGGAACUAAUCAGUCUGAAGAGGAGAAGGUAAUAAUUAAGCCCCUUCCUGGUCGUGUUGUGAAUAAGCCUACUGCAAGCAGGGAGGCAAACGGUGAUGAAAGUGAGGAAAGUGAAGAUGAAUGGGAGGAGGUUGAUCCUGAAGAAGAAUUGGUUAAGGUGGCUUCCAAGUCCUUGACUGCAUUGAAUGUAGAUGAGUCUGCCUAUAGCAAUGACAUGGAUACUAAUGGUGAGGAAGACAGUGAAGAUGAUGAGGAGGAAUUGGAUCCAUCAUGUUGUUUUAUGUGUGAUCUAGAGCAUGAUAGCAUAGAAAACUGCAUGAUUCACAUGCAUAAGCAACAUGGAUUCUUUAUUCCCGAUGUGGAGUAUUUGAAAGAUCCAGAAGGCUUGCUAACUUAUCUGGGCCUUAAGGUCUGAAUUAUAUGUUGUGUAUGUUUAUUUGAUGAAUCCUUUUUAUACCUUUCAAUGGCAUUUGUUGUUUCAUUUUCUGAUGUGUGCUUUCUUUUUCUGAGGUCAAGAGGGAUUUCAUGUGUCUGUAUUGCAACGAUCUUUGUCAUCCCUUCAUCAGUUUGGAAGCUGUUAGGAAACAUAUGGCAGCAAAGGGUCAUUGUAAAGUACAUUAUUGU